CUUGUUUUGUUAGUUCGUCAGAAUAAGUUGAAGCUGUGUAAACAUCGUCAGUGACCUCUGACCUCUGAGGGAGAACCAUGUCGGUGAGGCACGCUAUCUUCCGGGGGCUGGAGCUGGGCAGGUCGGUCCUUCAGCGGGGUCUCCUCAAACCCGCUGUCCGAGUCGCAGCGAAGCUCCGGGGGGAGCGUGUAGGCCCGGCGGCCCGCACCGUUCAGCCUCGGCCUUUCCUGCCGGCUCGGUACCGCUACUACCGCAGCUCCCUGCGGGGCCUGGCUGCCCAGCUGCAGGCCGCCGCCUUCAGGAGGAGGUUCCCGAGAAACAGAGCCGUGUUCUUGGCCUUAAGUCUCGGCGUGGGACUCAUCGAGCAGCAGCUGGAGGACGACAGGAAGACUGCGGCGACAUGUCAGGACAUCCAGGCUGUGUUCAGAAAGAAAAGAUUCCAGACCCCGACCAAGCCGCUCACCUCUGGAUACAAACUGGAGGAUUACAUUAUUGGGAACCAGGUUGGCAAAGGCUCCAAUGCGGCUGUGUACGAGGCUGCAGCUCAGUUUGCCCCGGCUAAGGAAAGUGAUAGCCAGCGCCCCCUGGUGCAGCUGAGAGAAGACGAGGAGGAAGGAGAGAAUGGUCGUUCUCUGACGUGCUGCUCGCUGAGAAACUUCCCUCUGGCGAUCAAGAUGAUGUGGAACUUUGGGGCAAGUUCUUCGAACGAGGAUAUAUUAAAAUCCAUGUCCCAGGAGCUGGUGCCUGCAGGGCCCCUGGCCUUAAAGCAGAUGAAAGAACAAAUUACUCUGGAUGGAGACUUUGGAGUUCUGCCUAAAAGAGUGUCGGCACAUCCUAAUGUGAUCACAGUGUACCGGGCUUUCACUGCGGACGUUCCAUUGCUACCAGGCGCCCUGGAAGAGUAUCCAGAUGUGCUGCCACCCAGGCUUAACCCUGCUGGUCUGGGCAACAAUCGCACUCUCUUCCUGGUCAUGAAGAACUAUCCUUGCACACUGCGACAGUACCUGGAAGUGUCCACGCCAGGCCGCAGGCAGGGCGCUCUGAUGGUGCUGCAGCUGCUCGAGGGGGUCGACCAUCUGUGCCGACAGGGCGUCGCUCACAGAGAUCUCAAGUCAGACAACGUGCUGUUGGAAUUCGACUCAGCGGGCUGCCCUCGUCUAGUGAUAACUGAUUUCGGCUGCUGCCUGGCCCAGAGGGACUCCAGUCUACAGUUGCCCUUCAUAAGUUCGUGGGUCAGCAGAGGAGGGAAUCCUUCGCUCAUGGCGCCUGAGGUGAUCACUGCAGUUCCAGGAUCUGAUGUGGUGAUUGACUACAGCAAAGCAGACGCGUGGGCUGUGGGCGCCAUCUCCUAUGAGAUAUUCGGGCAGCGCAACCCGUUCUAUCGAGCAGUGGGACUGGAGAGCAGGAAAUACGAGGAGAAGCAGCUCCCUCCGCUGCCCUCUGGUGUUCCAGUCGAUGUGCAGAUAGUGAUCCGAUUACUCCUCAGGAGGAGCCCGAGCAAGCGCCCCAGCGCCCGUGUCGCAGCCAACAUGCUACAUGUCAGCCUCUGGGGACGGAAGGUCCUGGCCGAUCAGGACAGUGCGGGCAUGAGGGAGUUGGUUGAUUGGUUGCUGUGCCAGUCGGCUGUGGUUCUCCUGAAGGGCUGCAGAGGACCGAGUGGGAAGAGCGUGGAGGCGGAGCUUCAGAGGAGCUUCCUGUCUAACUUGGAGCUCGACGACCUGCGCACUGCCGUGGGCUUCCUGCUGUAUGGGCAGGGUCAGGCCAUGAUGCUGUCUGCAUAGACACACACACACACACACACACACACACA